AUGAAGAUGGCAGAACCAGCAAAACAGCUACGAAGUGGUGGAAAAGUUUCAUUGAGCGCAACAAUGAAAAAGAAGAAUGACGCGAUUGCAAAGCUCGGUGGGAAGGCGGAAGCAAUUCUUGACUCUCCUCCAGCUCCACACCUGUACUCACAAUGGGUCCACUUUGAGUAUGUUCCAGGCACUCAGAAGACUAAGAGUGUUGUUGUGACCAUGCAUCGGUUUCUGAUGUUCAGCAUGGUGACCAUCGGUUCCUUCAAGAAAGAAUGGGAGACGGCUCGCCGACUCCGUAUCGAGGUUGCAUUCCAAGAGUACUUCACCAAUGGCCUUGUCACCAGUGCGACGCUUGUGGACAGCAAAGGGAUGAAGUUGAUGAAAGGGGACCAUGCUGCUAUAUCCGCUGGCUUUGAACGUAGUGCAAAGGAGCAGACCGAGCCUGGCAAGAAGCAACCUCACAGUACCUUCUACAUCACAUAUGUCAGAUAA